AUGCUUAAAUUUUUUGAGCCUUACUACAAAGAAUUGAUUUUCUUGCUCUCGUAAUAUUUAAAAUUUGAAUUUACUUAACCAUAGAUAAUAUAAAUCAUCCUCAUAAUUUUAAAUUAGGUUUAACCAAUUGCCUUUAACUUUUAUCAUAUAUAUAACUCAGAAAAAUAAUUUGAACCUACACUAUAAUCACUACUUAUUUUAUCAAGGCCCUAUUUAUUUAUUAUUGAUGAACAAUCAAAAAUUAUAGUUUUCAGUAUCUGUUUUGCUAUUCAAUAGAUAAUAAUAAUUUUUACUAUAUACCUAAUAAUAUAAUCAAAGAAUCAACAAUUUCAUGAAAUAAGAUUAUCAAACAUGAUGCUUUAAUAUAUUUGCAAUUAUUACUAUUUGGUUUCAUCAACCUUUUUUUGUUGGUUAAUAGAAAUAAGUAUGAUGAAUAUAACAAAAUUAUAUGGCAUUAUUUUUGGUAUUAUUAUGAUUAUAGAAGUUGGAUUUAUCAUUAUAUUUUCAGAUAUUGUAUUUUAAAGUGGAUUAAUAUUAAGAGUUUCUACUUAAUUACCAUUAAAUAACAAUUACGUAAAAUUUUUUAUAAAACCAUUCAGAAUAUUUUAAAUUAUUAUAUUUUUUUUCUUAAAUAAUCAGAAAUUGUGCUUACUUUUACAAAAUGUUUUGAUUAUCUCAAUCCAAACUUUACAUAUUUAUUAAAUUUUAGAAUUAAAAAUAUAUGCAAAAGUGAAAUGUGCAUUGAUUUCACUUAUAAUUGCAUCAUUUGGUAUUGUCAUACCGAUUGAAUCUUUAAUAAUCUAAGGUAAAAUAAAUAAUAAUUUAUGGCUAUUAAUAUCUCUCUUAAUUAUAUAUAUGCUAUAGUAUUUUUACAAAAGAUAGCACUUAUCAUUAUAAACUGUAGAUUUAAGAAAAUUAAAGUAUCUUUUCUCUUAUGUAGAGAGUCUAGAUGGAAAUAGGCAAUAGAAUAGAUUAGAAAUGACUCUAAUAGUUUUUGAGCAUUAAUAGAAUUGUAUAAAGAAUGAAUGUAUUUGUAAGAAGGAAAUGAACAUUAAAUAAAAAAUACUAUAACUUAUUGAAAUGAAGCUAGAAUUACUUUUAGAAUAAAGAACAAAAAAAAUCGAACAAAUGACACUUGAUUUAUCUUAGAUAUUAUUUAGAAGAAGAUAAUUUGUUAAGGCCUAAUAAGUUAUUUUUAAAGUUGCUUAUUCUAAAGAUAAUUUUAAAAAUAAAUAUAAUUAAUUUCAAUUUUCUUUGACAACACUAUGUCUUUUAGACUUUUUAAAAUAUUAAAUCGAAAAUGAUGUUCUUAUUUAAAUGAUGGAAAGAAUGAUUCUAACAAAUCCGAAUAAUAAAUUAAUUGCAGAUUCUUUAAAAUAAUUUUCAAUUAAUGAAAGUAGUGAUUAAUAUAUAUAGAUGAAGUUAAAAAAGACAAUCUAAGAUAAAAGCUUAUUUUAUUAUUAUUUUAUUGAACAUUCAAAUAAAUUUCAAGGAGAUAUUAAUUAUCCUAUUAAAAUAAUAAGAUAAUUAUAAUAAUUUAGAAUAGAAUUAACAGAGAGAUAUUAAAAAUUUCCAAGUAUGAAAAUAUAUUUUUAUUUAGCUUCUAGCAAUCAAAAUGUGUUAAAAUUUUAUUUAUUAGAAGUUUUGAAUGAUUAUAUUGAAGCUUUUGAUUUGAAUAAAAAUAAAGCACUUAAUGAUGAAAAAUUUUAGAUUUUUCAUGAUUCUGUUUAUAAUAAAAUGUUUGGUUAGAAUCCAUCAUAUAUAGUAGCAGAAAUUAAUAAAGAUUUUGAUGUUAUAAUCGUAAGGUAAUCUAAAAAAGCUAUGAAGAAAUUUUAAUAAAUUUAUGGAUAAAAAUGGAAAAAUUCAUUGGAAAUUUAUGUUCAUGAUUUUAUACCUGAGUAUGUAUAAAAAUAGCAUAGAACUCUGAUUGAAUAAUUUUUUGAUGAAGGAACGAAUAAAUAUUAUUAGUAAUAGAAUCUUUCAUUUUUAAAAUUAUGUGAUAAAAUAAUGCUACCAAUAGAAAUGAUGGUAGGACUAAAUUAAAGUAGUUCUUAAACAUUUUCUUUCCUUAUAUUUUUUUAUGAAUAAAUGGAUUAUAGAUCUUAUUUAGUUGUAAGUUAAUCCUUUGAUAUAAUUAAUUGUAGUGAAAAUAUCAGUCUUUAAAUUUUAGGAAAUAGUUAAUAUUCAAAUAGUUUGAUUUCAACAAAAAGCUUAGGAUCUAUAUUUAAUAUCAUUAGUGAAUUUGAUUCAAUGAUUCAAUCAAAUGAAAAGAAUUUCUUUAAUUAUAGUAUAAAGCUUCUAAGUUAAAAUGGUAAAUAAGCUGGUCAAAGAUACUUAGACUAUUUAUGUAAUAUAAUUAUAGAGAAAAAGUUUAAAAAUGAAAAUAUGUGUUAUAUGAUUACUUUAGAUAAUAUUAGAGCCUAAAAUAAUAGAUAUUAAAUUGAUUCUAGAUUAGAAACUAGCAUAUUCUAGAGAUAAUAAACUAAUGAGUAAUUCAUUACUUAAAAAUUAGAAAAAAUGAGAGAAGAUAUUGAUGAGGAUGUUGAAAAAGCCUUUCCUUAUUAAGAAAUAUUUGAUAUAUCUUUAAUAAAGAAAGCAAAUCCUCUAAAUUAAAGUGAAACACAACAUGUAGAAUCCAAACUUUAUAUGACUGAUUUAUUAAUUGAUUAAGAACAAACUAAUCCAAUUUAGUAAUAAUUUAAAGCCCAAUAAAAAUUAUUUAGUCCUAAAGAAUCAAUGCAUGAAGAAUUUUUAAAUAAAAAAAAUUUUACUUUUUAAAAUGAAAUUAGGGAUUUUGUUUCUGGAUCUUCAAUUACAAUGAUUAAAAAAUCAAAAUUUUACAAAAAAUUUGAAAUAAUUUAAUCAUUAUGUAAGUCAUUAAAAAGUAGUUCAAAAUUAAUCAAAGCUAAUAUCAACUUUAUUCUUUUUAUUAUUCUAAUUUAAAUUUAUGUAAUAAUUGUAAGUAUAUAUUAUUAAAUUAGAACUUAAGUUUAAUAUCAAAUAUACGUGGUUUUAUAUCAGAUAUAAAAUUGCUUUCUGUUAGAUAUGAUGUAACUGGUCCUUUGGAAUCAUUUUCAGUAUCAAGAUUUACUUAAAUUAACUAUAGAGAAAUGCUUGGAAGAAAAGCAAUUAAUUCUACAUAUGCAGCAUAAUUAUAAAUAUUUCCAAGACAUUAUUUAAUGAAGUCUUUUGAUAAAAUGAAAAAAAGUAUGGGAGAUGUACUUUUAAGAAGUGAAAUUGAUAAGAUAUCAAAUAUCACUAAUAUACCCAUCAUGUUAUAUGUGAAAACUAACAAUAUUGGAGAAUAAUAUAAUGUAAGUAAAAGAUCAGUUAUAAUUAUUACUUUAAAUUAUCAAUAUGAUUUUAAAUUACAUUUAGAUGGAAUAGGAGGUGGUUUUGACGAUCCUUAUUUUUAUUUUACUUAUAAGGAUUAUUAAAUUGUAAAGUCUAUGUUUGAUCAUUUAAAUAAGGUCAUUUUAGAUAUAACACUUGAAAGAUCAUACUAAGAGAAAUAAAAAUGGAUGUUUGCAUAUUUUCCAUUUUUAGGUUUGAUUUUUUUGAUAACUUUAUUAAUUAUUAUACAAUUAAUUAGACAUAAUAAUGAAAAAAAUGCGAUAAUGAAAUAUAUAUCUUCAAUAGAUUUAAAUAUUUUAGAGUCGGAAAAACUAAGAUUAUCCUAUCUAUAAUAAAUAGUAUAUUAAGAUAUGGAUGUAGUAAAAACAUUUUAAAUUGAUAUUGAUUCAACUGAUAAUUAAUUAGAAAAAUCAAAAAUGAAAUAAAAAUCAUUUUUUUCAAAAAAAUCAAAUACAAAACUUAUUCAUAAUAAACCUAUUUUAGGGCUUACUCUUAGCAUAUCCCACUUUUUAUUAUUUGCAAUAUUUAGCAUUUAUUUAUUUUUGACUUUCAGAAUGUAUUUUAUCAAGUAUGAAAAAACAGCAGUGUUUUAUUAAUAAUUAUCUGAUCUAGGGGUUGAUAUACCUGCCGUUUAUGCUUAAAAAGAAAUAUUAUUUAGAGCCUCACUUAGAUAUCCUUUUUUGAAUUCAACUGAUAUUAAUUAAACAUAUGCUGUUAUUUUCAAGGCUUUAGAAUCAAUCAGAUUAUACUAAUAAUAAAAUCUAAAUUUAAGUAGCAGUAAUUACUUAUUUGAUGAAUAUCUAAUUGAUUUUUUCUCUAAUAUUAAUACUGGAAAUCUAUGUGAGUUGUAAAGUGAUGAAUUAAAAUAAUAAACAUAAUCAUUUUGUCCUUUAGUAAUGUAAGGUAAUUUAGUGUAAGGAUUUUAAUAAUCAUUAAUUUAUAUAUUGAAUUCUGUUAAUGUUCAAUAAUCAGAUACAAAAAAUUUUACUGUUUAACCAACUUCAACAUUAUUCGAAUUAGAAGGAUCAACAAUUUUAACAGAUGUAAUUGAGAUAAUGAAAGAAUAAUUUUAUAAUAAUUUAGUAGAGUCAGCAUAAAAUUUAAUCUUAGAUUAAUAAGUAAUUUUUAAAUUAUUUAUUUUUUUUAGUUAUUAUGUAUUUUCUAUUUAAUUUUUGAGAUCAUUUUGGGUAUUUUCUAUUUUACUAAAAUUGAUAAAUACAAUUAUUAACAAUUUUUAUAUUUGAAAUAGAGUGUUUAUUUAUUUCCUCGUCACACAUUAAUUUUUGAUGAUUCCUUUUAUAGAAACUUUAGAAGUAUAGUUAACGAAGAAAAUUUAUUAGACUGA